UCUCUUCCCAGAUCAGGCAACCUGCUGUGCACGCAAGUACAUACCCCCCACCCUGCUGCUCUUCCUCCUCGAUCCUGGGGAAGAGCUGCCAGAAAAUAGAGCUGCCUGCUCAGACUGCUUUGCCCUCAGCCCGACAAGCAGAAAGGCAGGAUGCAACUCAGGUUCUGGUUGGUGACUGGCACGCUGGCAGUAAUCCUGGGCACGACCUCACCUCAGGAGACCGUGUGUCGGGCACCAGAUGGCAAGAACGGCAUCCCAGGGCCCCCUGGCCUUAAUGGGAGGCCAGGACAGAAGGGUGACAUGGGAGAGCCAGGGAAACCAGCACAAAGAACUGGGAUCCGUGGACUCAAAGGUGAUGAAGGUGAGCCAGGGCCUCCUGGCAACCCAGGAAAUCAAGGCUACCAUGGUCCAAGUGGCCCCCCUGGGCUUCCGGGCCAGCCAGGGCCGAAGGGGCCCAAGGGGAAGGCUGGCAACAUCAAGGAGCAGCCACGUCCUGCCUUCUCAGCCUCGCGGAAGUCUCCGCCACACAGGGGCAACACCGUAGUAUUUGACAACAUCAUCACUAACCAGGAAAACUCCUACAGUGCCCAGACUGGGGAGUUCACCUGUCGUGUCCCUGGCCUUUACUACUUCGCCUACCAGGCCAUCUCCAGUGGAGACCUCUGUCUGCACAUCACCAAGAACAGGGAGAGUGUGGUCAGCUUCUGUGACAACAACAGCCACAACAUCCUGCAGGUGAACUCAGGCAGCGCUGUGCUCAGCCUGGCCGCAGGUGAUAAGGUCUCUGUGACCUUCAACCCCUUGAAAAGCAACAUGAUUUACAGUGGCUCCGAGGCAGACAGUGUCUUCAGUGGCUUCAUGUUGUUUCCUCAAACGGGCUGAUAGACCGUCAACUUCCUGCUGGCCAGCCUGGACCUGAUCUGCUUAGUACCAGAGCAUUGCUGUGUGCAUGUGUGUGUGUGUGUGUGUGUGUGUUUGUGCCCCACAAGUGCAUAGGGUGGCUUUAUGUCAUGGCCAUUGGGGCUGUCCCUGCACAGGGGACAGUCAUGAACUCUGCUACUGCCCCAGGACUGUGCUUCCACCAGUGUCAUGAAGUGAUCAGGCUGUGGGUGACCACCACAGUGAUGAGACCUUUGCCUCCAGGCUGUGCUGAGACUGCCUCUCUGUCGGAGAUGGGCAGGAAAGCACGCUUCCUCCCUGAGGCAGAGGAGUCUUGGCCCCAGCAGCCCUUUUUGCUCCUGUGUUUUCAGAUCCUAUGCCAGAGGGGAUCAGUGGUCACCAGGGCCACUCACCGACUGCGGCCCUUUGUUCCUGAAUGGGAAAUCACCACAUGCCACCACUUUUGCUGCACUAACCAUUGCAAACGCCUUUCUGGCGCAAGGCCACUAUUGCUUUUCACAUCCUUCCCAUCACCACAAAUAAACCCUUUCUUCCUUGA